AUGAAGAAUGAUUGUGAAGAGACUAAUGAAGAAUGUGAGGAACGAUUAGUAUUAAGUGAAGUAACUAAUGAGGAACUUGAAGGAUGCUUAAUAGUUGAAGAAGAAGCUCGACGCGCUCAUGUGCGUAAGAAAUAUUUACUUAGAAGAGCUAAAGAAAUUUUAAAUCAACUUACCAUAAGACUUUCGCAAAGGAAAUCAAGUACUAUACGUUGA